CUCCCUUCCUCAUUUCAAUACAGGAAGUGCGUUUGUACUCAAGGCUGUCAGCACUCACUGUGGCCCAUCUGUCUUAUAAAAGUCUCGCGGACAUGAUCCGUCUUUAGUAGCCGAGUCCACUGCUUGUCGCCAUGACCUGCUGGGACCAUGAACUUCAGCACAACAUUUGAUGCCACAUGUGGUAAACUGCAAACUCUAUGGGCUGGAGUCCGGUCCCCCAGGGAGAUGGGGAAUGUGAUCCGAGGCGCUGGUGGCAGAAACCAGGUGAACAAUGAAAACCUUGAUUGCGCUCCGAAAGGUUCUGAUAAAGAUGUAGCGGUCGUGCUGGAGGACUACCCCUCUGCUGAAAUCAGCGAGCCCAUCUACAGAAAGGGCGAGAUGCUCCAAGUCAUUGCACAGGAAGCUUAUUGGUGGAGAGUUCGCACUGCAGGGAAGGAGAACUACAUACCCAACAGCCAUGUGGCAAAAGUUUACCACGGGUGGCUCUUCGCAGGAGUGGGCAGGGAGAAGGCCGAGGAGCUACUUCUUUUGCCCGGGAACAAAGUGGGCUCGUUUCUGGUGCGGGAAAGCACAAGUGAGAGAGGUCUGUAUUCACUCUCGGUGAGGCACAGGCAGAUAAAGCACUAUCGGAUCUUCAGGUUGGACAACAGCUGGUACUACAUUUCCCCCAAGCUCACCUUCCAGUGCCUUGAAGAUAUGAUCAACCAUUACUCUGAUUGUGCAGAUGGACUGUGUUGCACGUUAACGAGUCCCUGUCUGUCAGAAAAACCGAGGACAUCAGACGCAGCUYCAGAUCCUCCACCUGUAGUUAUGAGACGCAACUUUGACUGGAAUAAAGUAGACAGGAAACAGCUGGUCAGCACAGACGGCCACGGUGACAGCUUGGUGAGCUACGGCGUCAGGAACAGCAUCGCUGCCUAUUUGUCCUUUUCGGGCCACGAAAAGCCCGAGCAGCAGCGAGCAGAGAGCAGGAAGAAGAAGAGCAAAUCUGUGUACGCAAUCCCCGAAAAUGGCAACGCCAUCGCCGAUGAAAACUACGAUGAAAACUUCUAGAAGCAGAGAAAGGAAAACAUCCAGGAGGUCCGUGGAGGAACUCACAUCUCUUAACCAUAAAUGUGUUUCUAUUGUCUGAAAUAUUUAACAGGAACAGCAGUUGUUAUUGUUGGGCAUUAUUAGAAUAUAACAUAUUGUUAGAUAAAAUGCUUGUACAAGUAGAAAAAGAUCAAACUAUUUUCUUCUAGAGUAUUUUAUGCUCAGUGUUAAUCAUAUUGUAUGUACAUACAUUUUUUGCACAUAAAUAUAAGAAAAAAAAUCUUUUACAAAUUAACUCUCACUGUAAACAAAAUCAGGUUUGGCUUUUAUUCCAUCUUGUUUGGCUUGAAGAAGUAUUGUUCACACAAUCCGACAAAUGAUGUAUAUUCUUUGUUUAGACAUGUAGGUUUGACCAGUUCAUUUUUUAUUGUUUUGUUUUYGUGUGGCUGCGGUUUGAAGUAACGUCACGUACUUAUUCUUAUCUGAGAAAUAACAAAGAAACUGAGACAUGGGUGCAGUUCCUGUUAAUGCUCUCUUCUAAAGAUAAACUAAAGUGUUAAAUGACCACUUUGCUCGUCUAAUCUUAGUUUUAACACACAAGCCCAAACCCAUUGGACAUUCGAGAACGUGUGAAGAACCUUUGGUUUUAUUUCUUCUAAUGUAUUUAACUACUGUUGUAUAAAGUUAUUUAUGUGUUUAGCUGGUGUACUAUAAGCGUUUCUGUUUGCCCCUUUUAAAUCUUUUUGUUCAUUCUAUAAAUAUGUAUUUACGUUUUCUAAAUGGCUCAUAUGGAACGCCACUAUAUUUUCCUGUACUGUAUGUUUAGGUAAUUAUUAUCCUGUAAAGUGAAGGAACCACUAUGUGCGAGGAUUGUUGUUGACAUAAAGAAAAAGUCAAACCACCAACUGAACGGCAUCGCUGCACUGUGAYACAUGGCACUCAUCUGCAUCAAAUAAAAACAUGUUUCAAAAAAGCAAUCAUUAUAAUAAAUAAUGUGAAUUUCC